UAUUAUGAGAAUUGACAACACUCAAUCAUCCUUCCUUGCUAAAGCAAUCAUGCAAACUGUACCAAUGGGUGAAUCUGGACUAGCUUGUCAGAUGAAAUUUUACUUAUGGCUUGGUGGAACAGGUGAUGCUGGAGAAGUUGUCAUUCGAGUGUAUCCUGAUGCAAACAAUAACAACAAUUAUAGAGAUGUCUGGUUCAGAGUUGGAACUGAAGGAAAACUAUGGAGUGAGCAAUAUGCUCCCAUUGGCAAAAGACCUUCAGGAUUUAAGGUUGAGUUCAGGGGUAUUCCAUCACCCCUCGCUGUCGGCACCACAGAUAUAUCACUGGAUGACAUUGAGUUUAUCAAUUGUGAUCCUAAUUACCUUCCAUCAGAAAGAUAUGACUUGACUUGUACAUUUGAAGACGGCAUGUGUGGAUGGUAUCAAGAACAAGAUAAAGAUGAUUUUGAUUGGAUCUAUGGACAAGCUGUUGACAACUCUCUUAUCGUACACUCGGGAGCUGGAUAUGAUCACACUCUUGGACCGGAUGGAAACGGACAUUUUAUAUAUUUUGAUUCAUCACGAAGUAUGCCAGCUAAUGAUAAAGCACAAAUUAUCAGCUAUUCUCAACCAAAGUCAACAACUUCUGAUUCAAGGAUGUGUAUAGAAUGGUACUAUCAUAUGUUUGGGCCAAAUGUUGGAACUCUCAAUGUGUACAGGGUACUUACCAAAAAUGGUAAUAAAUGGAAAUUCUGGACUCGUAGUGGUUCCUCAGGAAAUCAAUGGGUGUACAAUUUCUUCUCGUUUAUAUCUAAUGAUGACUUCAGCCUGAUUUUUGAAGCUGUUAGAGGUGGUUUGGAUGGCGACAUUGCAUUAGAUGAUAUUACAGUUACACCAGGAGAUUGUGCAACAAUGGAUAAAUAUUGUGACUUUGAAGCUUCUUGUCAUUUCUCACAAACAUCAAAAGAUGAUGGAAAAGAUUGGAUUAAAACUAAAGGAACUAGGAAAAACCCAGAUACCGGUCCUUCUAUUGAUCAUACAAGACAAACAGAAGAUGGUGUAUACAUGCUUGCUAACUUAUUUUCUUACCAACCUGGAAUGAAAACAAUACAGUGGACACAAACAUAUCAACCUACAACGGGACCUUCUUGUGUAGCAUUCUGGUAUCAUAUGUAUGGGCAAGGAAUGGGUACAAUGAAUCUUUACACACAAAAAAAUGAGGAUAUGAGCACACAAUUACUUAUAUGGUCUGAGUCUGGCAACAAUGGUGAUGUUUGGAGGCAUGCUAAAGCUACAUUAUUUCCAACAGAUUACCCCUUCAAGCUUGUCUGGGAAGCUGUGAGAGGACCAACAGCAACAAGUGAUAUGGCUAUUGAUGAUAUUUCAUUUAUUGAUGGAGAAUGCCCUCCACCAGGCACUUGUGACUUUGAAAUCGAUAUGUGUUUCUGGGAGAAUGAGCCAGACAAUGAUAUGGAUUGGAUAUGGUCUGACUCUGUAACACCAAAUAGGUUUCCUGGUCCACCCAACGAUCAUACAACCAACUCACCACAAGGUCAUUUUGCGUAUGUUACUGGUAUAGUGAAUGGUUAUAGUAAAGCAAGAUUAGCAAGUGAAACACAUCCACCUACAUCUGGUGCAUGUAUGCGAUGGUGGUACCAUAUGACUGGAGCAUCUGUGGGAACACUCAAUGUCUAUGUGCAAGAUGCUAGUGAAAAUUUGAAUGAGCUUCAGGAAAGUGAAAGAAUAUAUCAAGAUUUUGGUGAUCAAGGAGACUUCUGGAUUACUUCUGCUCUGGGAAUUUAUUCUACAAAGAGUUGGAGAUUGGUUAUUGAAGCAAUUAAAUCGUCAUCAUUAGAUGUUGGAAGUAUUGCAAUUGAUGACAUCGUAUUGGAUCUCACCGCAUUUUGUAAUUCUACGAUUAAAACUACGACACCACCUAUCACCAGACCACCCACAGCGUCUCCGACACAGUGGGAUUGUGAUUUCGAAAACAGUGACUUCUGUACUUGGACAAAUAACAAUGGUGGAUCGGCUAGGUGGACAAUCAAUCAGGGAGAAACUCCUUCCACAAACACUGGACCAACAUCUGACCAUACAUUAUUAAGUUACACUGGACAUUACAUCUAUUUAGAAAGUAAUUCAUUAACUAAUGGAGAUUCUGCAAGAUUGAUCAGUAAUACUGUUACUGUUGGUCCUGAAGGGAGUUGCUUAAAAUUUUACCAUCACAUGUUUGGUGAAAACAUAGGAAGCCUAAAUGCUUACUCUCGGCCAUCAACUUCAUCUGGCCUUGGAACCAAAAUUUGGACCUAUUCAAAAUCUAAAGGACAAAAAUGGUAUCUUGCUAAAACAUACUUGGAUACACCUGGAUCAUAUGUUAUUACUAUUGAAGCUGUAAGAGGAAAUGGAGAGUUUGGAGAUAUUGCCAUUGAUGAUGUUUCCAUUCCGGAUGGCCUUUGCCCGACAACACCUGACGUUUGUGAUUUUGAAAAUGGUAACUGUGGCUACACUCAAGGUAACCAGGAUGACCAGGACUGGAUACUGACAUCCGGUGCUAGUUCAAGUACAAGCACUGGACCACAAGUUGGUGAUCAUACAUAUGGAACACCAAACGGACAUUACUACUUGGCAGAUGUUGAUUCCCAUCAGCCUAAUGACCUCGCGCGUAUGACAAGUAAGGUUUAUCCACCUACAUAUGGAAUGUGCCUUCAAUUCUGGUAUUACAUGUAUGGUGAUGCAAAUGACUUUGGAACCUUGAACGUUUACUUGAAAUCAGCGGGGCAACUUGGAAAGCCCAUUUUUUCAAUUUCUGAGCAGACUGGAGCUGAUUGGAGACAUGGUCGUGCAAAUAUUGAUUCUGCCCUUGACUACCAGAUCGUUUUCGAAAGUGUGCGUGGCUUAACUAUAAAUGGUGACAAAGCAAUCGACGAUAUUGAAUUCAUUGAUGGUGCUUGCCCAACUUUUGGAACUUGUGAUUUUGAGUUGGACUCUUGUGGAUGGUCUCAGGUUGAAAAAGAAGAUGACUUGGAUUGGAUAAGAGUAUCACAAAGUUUUUCGGGUCAGGGACCAGCUGGGGAUCACACAACAAGUCGAGGACAUUAUAUGGCAUUAGAUAUAACAGGACAGAAUAAAGAUGCACAGGGAAUGUUACUUUCAGAAGUGUUUCAACCAGUGGAUGGAUCAAAUGAUCAUUGUAUCUCUUUCUGGUGGUUCACAUCUGGACAUGGUCUUGGUUCGUUAUCAGUCUGGACUGAUGAUCACCAAAACAAUGUAGAUCAAAUAUGGGACAAUCUUGGAGCAAUAUCAAAUUACUGGGGAUAUGCUGAACUUGAAAUUACAACUAUUCCUGGUAUUUUCGGAGUUAUAAUUCAAGGACAAAAAGCAGGAUCAUCACCAACAGAUUUUGGUGUAUUUGCAAUUGAUGAUUUCAGAAGCACGCCAGGAGCAUGUAACUCAACAGCCCCUCCAACAACAUUCACAUGCUUAAAUUUGACAUUGGGUGGUCCAACCACGAUUCCGGUUGAUCAAAUGUGUGAUUUCCAAGAUCAGUGUAAGGAUGGCAGCGAUGAGGAUUUAUGUGGAUCAUGUAGGUUUGAAGAUGGUCCUUGUGGAUGGUACGACACGAGCACAGGACAAUAUAAAUGGGUUUUGACGAAAGCUGCCGAUGCUGGUGACAACGGUCCUGCAGGAGACGCUGACACUCAGACCAGUGAAGGACACUACUUUGCUGUGGAGCCAAGCACAGGCGGCAACAAUGCACCUGCUAGGCUCGAAACACCAAUCAUGCACAACUCUGCCGCUACUUGUGAGAUGGCAUUUGCAUUCCACAUGGCCGAAAAGUACAUUGGAUGGCAUUGCCCAGGUUGGGAAAUUGGUGAGUGCUUGGAUGGUACCUGCCAAGGAAGUUAUAUGGGAUGUUGUUGGGACUGGCUGGAAGCUACAUGCUACCCAUGUUGGGCACCUUGUGCGCCAGAUUCGAGAACAGCAGAAGAAUCAAAAUACAGCGAAAUACAUUCCCGAAAUAACACUUAUCACGUGGUUAGAGAUCCGAUAACGAAAGGUGCGACUGCAUAUGCCAAUCAAGAUGUCGGGGAGUUGUCAGUAUAUAUCCGACAAGGCAACCAGGAAUACAUGAUUUGGAAACUUCUACAACAAGACUUUGGAAAUGGCUGGCAUCUUGGAAGAUCUUUUAUUAACAGAAUACCUGGGGAUUUUGAAGUUCUCUUCUAUGCUACAAGGGCAAACGAUGUUCAAGGCAGUAUUGCUAUUGAUGAUGUCGUUUUCUUGAACUGUGAUCUUCCAGACUCAUCAGCAACAACUUGCAGCUCUGGGGAAUCGAAAUGUGAUAGAGGAGGAUGUGUCAGCAAUGAUAUGAAAUGUGAUUUUACUGACGACUGCGGCGACUUGACUGACGAACAACAAUGUGGUGGUUACACGCGAUGUGAUUUUGAACAAAAUCUUUGCCUGUUUACAGAAGAAAAGGUUACCGACGACAUUGAUUGGUACAGAAGACAGGCUCACGAAUCAAACGAUUUGAAUCCUGGUGAAACAAGCCCCAAUAGAGAUCACACAACUAAUACAGAUGCCGGAUUUUAUAUGACUGUUGAUGCAAAAAGACCAAAUAGAGCAGGGGAUCGUGCUAUACUGUAUGGCCCUGUCCUCGAGCCCACUACUGGCCGUAGUCGAUGUGGAUUUAUCUUUUAUCUUCAUAUGACUGAACAAACGAGAGGUGGAUUUAAAAUAUCGUACAGAACAGCAGUGGGAGGUCCACAUACAACUGUAUUUGAGCGUUUGGCAGCAACUUCUCCAACAUUUGACAGGUUCUACGUAAAUUUCGACAAUCUGAUUACCGAACGUUGGCAAAUAGUCAUCGAGGCUGUAGUCGGAACUGGAACUUCAGGCGACGUUACCAUUGAUGAUUUGGUCUUCCAGGACGGAAUACAAGUUGCCGAUGGCGCAGAACUCCCCAUCGGCUCUACGCCCGCACCUACACCCAGUCCAUGUCCUGGCGGGCAGUUUGCAUGUGACGACUCGACCUGUAUACUUGCUGAAUACGAGUGCGACUUUCUCGACCAAUGUCCCGAUUCCUCUGACGAAGCAAAUUGUGGAACAUGUGAUUUUGAACAAAACGAAUGUGGAUGGUAUGAUGUCAGUGAGGGUCAUUAUAAAUGGGCAAGAGAAGAUCCAUCUGUUGUUACCGAUCCAAAUGGUGCUCCAACAGACGCUGAUGGCAAUGCUAAUGGAAUGUUUAUGCACGUCGAUUCGGCGACUGGGACGUUAUUAGCUAUGGCACACAUGUUUUCACCAAGAUAUUCUGAAUCUUCAAUAAGCUGUCAAAUUAGUUUUUCAUAUUACAUGGGAGGGUCUGGUCCAGGAGGAGUUCUAAUACUUGGAGUGGGAGAUUAUGAUUCUAUCAUUGGUAGAGGCGGUGAAAUCAUUUUUGAACAAAACGGAGGAAACGGAAAAAGAUGGAACGAUGUUCGUCUUACUAUAGGCAACAGACCUGAUGGUUGGCGUCUCCGAUUUACUGGAUCACCAUGCAUCAGAAUAAAUCAAUGUAAUGACAUAUCAAUCGACAAUAUAGUGCUAGAGUACUGUAACAUCGGUGACAGCAUUCCCGAUGCUGACCAGGUUGAUUGUGAUUUUGAAGAUGGAACUUGUGGUUGGAUUAAUUAUAAACAUGAUGAUUUUGACUGGGUGAGAUGGGAUGGUUCAACAUCAAGUGUAACUGCAAAUACUGGCCCAACAUACGAUCAUACGCAAGGUCCAAAUGGUGGCGGAUAUUACAUGCUGGUGGAUGCAAGCUCAAGACUUCAGCCUGACAGGAGAGCUAUCUUGACGACUCUGAAUCAAACAGCGGUGGCAAGCGGUGCAUCUUGCAUUACAUUUUGGUAUCACAUGUUUGGACCAAGUAUAGGAUCAUUGAGAUUACUUAUAAAUAGAUAUGGAAAAACAGAUGGUUGGGCCCUGGUAUGGUCAAGAACUGGCACUCAACCGAACAGAUGGUUAUAUGGACAAUAUUACUCAUGGUUGGUGACUUAUGAUUAUCAACUUCGAUUUGAAGCAAUAAGAGGUGGAUUUGAUGGAGAUAUUGCAAUAGAUGAUAUUAAGAUCUUGUCUGGAGAUUGUCCUGUACCUGAAGGAGAGUGUGAUUUUGAAUCAAGCAUGUGCACUUGGGUAAAUGCUGAGGGAGAUUACAAUUGGUGGAGGGCCCCAGCUGAAACAGCUGGAAAAGCAAGACCAGCUUUUGAUCACACUACACAGUCACCAUCUGGACAUUAUGUCUGCAACAGUGCUUAUGACCACACUCCAGGCGAAACAGCACGUUUUGAAACUCGCAUCUUUCCACAAAGUGAUGCAUCUUGUGUAACAUUUUGGUAUCAUAUGGAUGGUACUGUUGAGGGAUCAGAUGUUGGUACUUUAAAUAUUUAUAUCAACUAUGCUGAUCAAGUUGGUAAACACAAGAUUUGGUCAAAAUCAGGAAAUCAGGGAUCACGUUGGCUGAUGGAUCGAGUGACUGUUAACAGUGGAUCAUCCUCCUUCUCAAUUUUGUUUGAAGCCAUUAUUGGUGAAUUCGCUACUCAAGAUAAAGCUGAAUCAAUUGCACUGGAUGAUAUCAAAAUAGUGGAUGGAGAAUGCCCCAGAAGAGGAUUUUGUGAUUUUGAAAACGAUCUAUGUGGAUGGUAUAACUCUUUAGCAGAAGGUGAUGAUUUUGAUUGGAUAUGGAACAGUGGGUCAACGCCGAGUUCAAAUACAGGACCUUCAACUGAUCAUACACUCGGUACAGGAGAAGGACAUUAUCUAUAUGUUGAAUCAACUUCAGUUAGCCUAGCUGGAAAGAAAGCAUGGCUUUCUUCUGAAAGAUAUGAACCAACAGUUGGCUCUUGCCUAAGUUUCUACUAUCAUAUGUAUGGAUCAGCCACAGGAACAUUGAAUGUCAUUUUGAAGACCGAAACAUUGUCUAUUACAACUUUUAGUGAUGAGGGUAACAAAGGCAAUGGCUGGAACUAUCAAGAAAUUGAUAUCGUCAUGACUGAUCCAUACAGAAUCCUAUUUGAAGUUAUCAAAGAUGUUGUUAUUGAUGCAUCUGACAUUGCAAUAGAUGAUGUCAGCUUCAUUGCUGGGGUUAAUUGUGCUGGACAAGUGUUGACAAGUGCUCCACCUAGUACUUUUGAACCUUAUCCAAGUACAAGUGAUGUUCCUGUUAAUUGUACUGUGGAAGUUGAUUUUUGUGAAUGGAAAGAUUCUGGUACAGGAGGAUUUACCUGGACACGGGAAACUGGUGUUGGAUCAGAUGGUUCUUUGAAUGGACUUGGUCCUGGAUACGAUCAUACAACACCUGCACAAAGUACAUCAAGAUAUGACUUUCAUCUCGAGUCAGCUGGAUUUGAAGAUGGCAAUACUUGUCAGAUUAACAUAAAUGGCAAAGAUUAUCAGAUGAAUGGUAGAGGACAUAGUGUGGUCAUUGUAGACAUGGUUUCAGAAACUUUUACUGCAACACUUUAUGAUACAUAUGGUUCAGCAAGUGAGGUUGACAGAAUGGUAGCAUAUCUCGAUCAAGUGCCUUAUGACUCUCUCAUUGCUAUAGCUGUCCAAGAUUCCAGUAUGGAUACUAAUUUUGAUGGUGAUGACAUUGCCUUUAUGGAAUCCCUAGGAGCCACUGGUCCAAGUUGUCCUACCCCAGGUUAUAGGGAAGCAUGGACAUUUGUAACCCAAAAAGUAAGACCCGGAACCCCAUUACCCCCUUGGGUAGAAUGCACGUAUCGUCCGAAAAAUAAUGGAAAAGCAAUUCAAGACACAGUUGCUAAAUUUGGUCAUUAUUUAUAUGCUAAUGGAGAAAAUGGGACAGAUUCUACAGCUACACUGGUCACAAAUCGUUACUUUGCCAGACCUUCAUUUGAAGGAUUCUGUAUGGAAUUUGCAUAUUACAUGUUUGGAUCAAAUGUUGGAACAUUAACUUUGUUUAGCAUAAAUGAAAAUACUGGUGAAAAAACUAAGGUAUGGAAAAGAUCUUCAAGUGCUGCAAAUGCUUGGAAUUAUAACCAACAUCAGUUCCGUAUGUACGAUCCAUAUCUUCUGGGGUUCGAAGCAACCCGAAAUAAUGGUUGGGUUGGAGAUAUUGCUAUAGAUGAUAUAACUUUCACACAAGGCUAUUGUCCAGAAAUUUCUGUUGGUGAAGGAUUAUGCACAUUUGAACACGGAUUUUGUGGUUAUUCUAGCGUUUCCUCAAUACAGGGCUAUUAUUGGGCCAGUGAGCAUUAUAUUGCUUCUGAUCCUAAUUUCAUUGGACCAUCAUAUGAUCACACAAUGGGUGAAGCAAAUGGUUUUUACAUGAUUGCCAGGAAUGCUGCAUCACAAGGACUGAAUACUUACUUGAUGUCUAAACCAUUGACAACCUCUCAAGAACUACAUUGCUCAUUUCCAUUUGAAUAUAAGGGUGAACUCUACCAUGAAUGCAUUGACAAUGGUGUCCCUGGUGAAGAAUGGUGCUCAACUACCCCAGUUUUUUCUGGAAGUUGGAUUUAUUGCUAUGAGACAAACACUGUUUUCACAACUGGCGGAACUGGAAAUUCACACCGAUGUGUCUUCCCAUUCACAUAUUUAGGAGUGACGUACCACACAUGUGCAAGAAAUGGAUAUAAUAAACCAUGGUGCUCAACAACAGCUGAAUAUGUUGGAUAUUGGGGCUACUGCCUUGGGGGGAACUGUGCAACUUUCUAUCACACGGAAUCCUUUGAAACAACUGGAGCUUUAAGAGUAUAUCAAAGAUUAGAAAAUUCUGUUGGAAUAAUAACAAACCAAUUGGCAUGGGAAUCAACAGUAGCUCAACCUGGAUGGACAUUUGGAUAUGCAGCAAUGUAUGCAACUGAUGCAACUUGGAGAGUUGUGUAUGAGACUGAAUCAGGAACUGGUGAAAAGGACUACAUUGCCCUUGAUGAUAUUGCUAUAUUUGAGUUUAAUUGUCCAAACCCUGGUAUUAAUGAUUUUGAAUAUGGACUCUGGGCGUUCAACAAUUUACCAUCACCAGCUGAUCAACUGGAUUGGUUGUGGGGCCAGGCUGCUACACCCACCACUUUUGAUAAACCAUCUACAGACCAUACCACAGGCACGUCUCAAGGACAUUAUGCUUAUAUGACAAUGACAUCUGCUUCUCCAAAUGACAAAGCAAUACUUACAUCAGAGAUGUUCGAUGUAUCUAGUUCUACAAAUGAAAGGUGUUUAUCUCUAUCCUACCAUAUCUAUGGAUCUGGAGUGGGUACUUUCAAUAUUUAUACAUUCACACAAGCUGGUGGACAGGACAGCACUCCUAUUUUCACUGUUGAUGGAUCAUAUGCUAAUGUAUGGGUGUCAGAUCAAAUCCCAUUUACUGUCAACGAAGACUUUAUGCUUUACUUUGAAGGGAAUGUAGCAGCUGUAGCAGGAGAAGGACAUAUAGCUAUUGAUGAUAUUGAAAUUAGUAUAGAUCCUUGUGUGGUGGGUGCAACUACCACUACAAGACCUUGGCUGACACAUCCAGAUCAACAACCAACUAAAGACGAUUGUGACUUCGAAAAAGGAUUCUGCUAUUAUGUUCGUGAUCCAACCGCUGAAUUACAGUGGCGUCGUACAACAGGGAAGACUGAUUCAACAUCUACAGGUCCUGGUGUCGAUCAUACUUUACAGUCAUCUGCAGGCUAUUAUGCUUACAUCGAUGCUUCUACUGGUUCAGAUGGAGAUGCGGCAAGGUUGAUAACGGAGAUGAUAACCCCAGAUCACAAUGGUGUGUGCAUGGAGUUUUGGUACUUUAUGUAUGGUCGAGAUGUUGGUCGACUAAAUCUUUAUUGGCAAGACCAAAUUUCAAGAGAAAUAAUUUGGACAAAGAUUGGUACACACGGACCUCAUUGGAAAUAUGGACAGGUUCAUGUGAAACGUUCACAUGAUCUGCAAUUAAUCAUUGAAGCUGUACGUGGAAUUUCAUGGGCUGGAGAUAUUGCUAUUGACGAUGUCAAAUUUGUGUAUGAUUUUUGUCCACCAUCACCAGAAUGUGACUUUGAAAAUGGAGAUGCUCUUUGCGGAUUCACUCAAGACAGUACUGAUUCAUUCGAAUGGAGUGUUGGUUCUGGAUCAACGGUUACUGACGGCACAGGACCAAGUUAUGAUCACACUUAUUUAACAGAAUUUGGCCAUUACAUGUACAUGGAUGCUUCAACCCCCUAUCUUUACGAGGGUGACAAAGCACGUAUUGAGAGUCCAUUCUUUCCAGCUACUGAUGCUGACUGUAUGACAUUUUAUUACCAUAUAACUGGGGAUCAUGUUGGUCAACUUAAUGUAUAUCACCGGGAAAAAGGAGGUGGCCUCAACUUUUUGUGGUCUGUUAAUGAAGACAUGAAUGAUCACUGGAGGCCAAUGCAACUUACAAUAUCUGCUGUAUCCUCAUUCCAAAUUGUGUUUGAAGGAGUUCUUGGAAAUGGGGAACAGGGUGACAUUGCCAUAGAUGACAUUGUUUUAUUGCCGGGAGCAUGUCAACCUCUUGGUUCUUGCAAUUUUGAAAAUGGAUAUUGUACAUGGGAAAAUUCUGAACACACUGAUGAUUUUGAUUGGAUGAGAGCAGCGGGAGAAACAAUGAGUGGAAACACUGGACCUACAGUUGACCACACUCUCCAAACACCACAUGGUGUCUAUCUUCUCAUGGAAGCAUCUACACCGCAAGUUGAAGGAGACAUGGCUAAAUUAUUCUCAAUUCGCUUUGAUAACUCUGUGCCUCGCUGUAUGCAGUUUUUCUAUCAUAUGAAGGGCCCUAAUGAAGACAGUAUGGGAACAAUGCAAGUUAUUCAACAUUGGAACAGUGAACAAACUUACAUACAAUGGCAAGAUGGCGCAAACUAUGGUGAUCAAUGGAUUGAAGCAAUGGUGCCUCUGCCAAACAAUGUUACUGACGACAAUCAAUAUAAUGUACAAAUUAAAGCUUUUAGAGGACCAAGUGCUUAUGGUGAUAUGGCUAUUGAUGACAUAUCAAUAUUUGAUGGAAACUGUCCAUAUGUGCCAACAAUACCGCCAGCAUGUGCUUACUUAUGUCAAAAUAGCGCUCUCUGUGUUGCAAGUUCGCAAAUUUGUGAUUUUACUCAAGACUGUCCCUCUGGUGAUGAUGAAUCUUCCUGCGAGUUUGAAUGUGACUUUGAUUCUGAUACUUGUUCAUGGAAUGAUGCAAGUAAUGGUGCAUUCAAAUGGGUUGCUGGCUCUGGUGCUUCUGCUUCAGAAAAUACAGGUCCGCCUGGAGAUCACACUAGUGGAACUGGUACAUACAUGUAUGUCGAUGCAUCUAGUGGAAUACAAGGUAGUCAGGCUCAUUUAGAAAGUGGCAUAAUUCAAGCAACAUCAGCCACCUGUGAAAUGAUAAUGUAUUAUCAUAUGAAUGGAGAUCAUAUUGGCACAUUACAAGUCAGUAAAAGGAUUGAUAAUGAAGAUAACAUCAUAUGGUCAAGAAUUGAUUCACAAGGAGAUCAGUGGAAUCAAGCUAUUGUAAGAAUUGGCAGAGUUUCAAGACCUUUCACUAUUGUGAUCAGUGCAACAAGAAGUUUUGAUGUGCUAGGUGAUAUUGCAAUUGAUGACAUCAUCUUCCAGAAUUGUGAAAUGCUACCUGCUCAACCUAGUUGCGCUGGCGGUGAAUUCCAAUGUGCAAAUGGUGCUUGUGUUCCUUCAUCAAGGAAAUGUGACUACACUGAUGACUGUGGCGAUUAUUCAGAUGAAACAGACUGUUUGAGUUAUCUUGGACGUUGCGAUUUUGAAGGAGGUUUGUGUGAUUGGCAACAAAUGUCUGAGACGGAUGAUUUCAAUUGGCUGAGAAUUAAUGGUUUCCGUUGCCGACCAGAAACCGGUCCAUGUGUAGAUCAUACUCGGGGUACAAGAGAUGGAUAUUCUCUUAUUGUUGAUUCAAGAAUCAAUAAAAGUGGUACAUUUGCUCGUCUAAUCAGUCCACCUGUGAUGGCAAAUUCUGAUUCAUGCAGCAUAAGGUUUUACUAUCAUAUGUAUGGAAGCAGUAUUAGAUCACUUAGGGUAUAUACUAGAACACAAUAUGGUGGACCAUUGGUUCAAGUCUGGUCAAAGAGUGGUUAUCAAGGUGACUUCUGGGAAAGAGCUGAUGCUAAUUUGGGAGCCACAGUAGGACAACCUUUUCAGGUCAUAAUUGAAGGACAAUCAUCCAAUGCUGAAUUUGGCGAUAUGGGAAUUGAUGAUGUUGUUUUUAGUCCACAAUGUGUUACAGGAUCCGAUCUACCACCUGGAACAACUAUAUUGCCAACUACCAUUGCACCAUGUCCUGAUGGUCAAUUCCAUUGUGGAAAUGAUGUCUGUGUUGAUUUACUCAAGUACUGUAAUGGUCAAAAAGAUUGUUCAGAUGAAAGAGAUGAGUUAUACUGUGGUGAUUGUGAUUUUGAAGGUGAUAUGUGUGGAUACAGAGAUGACAGUUCUGGUUUAUACCAAUGGUAUAGAGAUCAAGCAUCUUCUGCAGUUUCUCAAAAUACUGCUCCACCGAGUGACCACACACAGUUAUCUGCAUCUGGGUGGUAUGCCUAUCUUGCUCCAUCAACUGGCAACUUCAUGAACAAUGCUCAUUUAGUCAGUCCCCCACUAGCCAGAUCAAAAUCAACCUGUAAAUUAAAUUUCUGGUACUACAUAAAUUCUGCUGCUUCGAACCCCAAUGUGAGAAUGGCUUUGCUUCUUAUUACUGAAUCUGGAUCAUCGGAAAUAUGGUAUGUUACUGGCAACCAAGGAACAUCAUGGAAGUCUGCUUCUGUAAACAUUGGUGCUGUAGAACAUGGACAUCUAGUUAUAUUUGAAGCUUAUCGUGGGGAUUAUGAUGUCGCCGUUGGUGUGGAUGACAUAACUUUUACCGAUUGUAUUAUACCAAGUGGAAGUGGGAGUUGUCAAUUUGAUGAAUUUGGAUGCUCAAAUGGUAUUUGUGUACCUGAAGACAAUGCCUGUGAUUUCCAAGAUCAAUGUGGAGAUAUGAGUGAUGAAUUAUCAUGUCCUGAUUAUCUGGCUUGUGAUUUCUCAUCUUCGACGUGUGCAUGGGCUUUUGAUGCUACCAGUCAAUUCAGUCUUACGAGAGGUAGUUAUGUGAGUGGACCAUCUGAUCACACACCCUCAAGUCUUGUUACUGGCGAAACUGGGAGUUAUAUGUAUGUUGUGGCCUCAUCUGUAAAUACAAACCAGAUUUCUCGAUUAACUGGACCUGUCAUCAGGCCUGUUCAAAAUGGAGCUUGUAAAAUGCGAAUCUACAGAAACAUUUAUGGAUCAAAUAUAGGAAAAAUCAACAUAUAUAUUCGUACUGCUCUUACUGGACUCAACUACAUUUACUCAAUUACCGGAAGUGAUGUGACUACUGCAUGGAAAUUGGAAAAAAUAGCACUUGAUUCAAAUACAUACUUUGAACCUGUCAUUGAAGUGGAGAGGCAAGCUGGACUGUCAGGAGUGAUAUCGAUUGAUGACAUCAGUUUUUCAGCAAGUUGUGAUGUUGAUCCUAAUGCAAUAUUAGGAUGUGGAACUGGACAACUGGCUUGUACUGAUGGCACCUGCAUUGCAAUGGACAAAUUUUGUGAUUUUAAAAACGACUGCUCAGAUGGAUCAGAUGAAGCAUCAUGUCCUUCUUCAUGUUCAUUUGGAGACAAUGAUCAAUGCUUAUGGAGUAAUGUUGUUGGCAACCAACUGACCUGGAGACUUCAACAAGGUAUAAAUGGAAAUCCAGCAAGCGGCCUUGGACCUAAUACAGAUGGUUCUGGAAAUGGUCAAGGAUACUAUAUUAUACUGCCAAAACCAUCAGGUUCUACAUACAUUGGAUCAUCAAAUCGAUACCAAAGUGUUGUUUACAAUCAAGCAGGACAAAGUUGCAACUUGCAGUUCAAAUACUACAUGAAUGAAGACAUUGGCACACUUCGUGCUCUUAUAUCAUCUGGUAAUUCUGAACAACAAAUUUGGAGUCAAACAGGAGACAAAGGAAAUUUUUGGAAUUUGGUCACUGUACAGUUGCCUUCUUGCUCAAAAGAAUUCAAGAUCAUAUUUGAUGGAAAAAUAGAACAAUCUAUUCAAGGUGCCUUUGCAAUUGAUGACAUUAAUUUACUAAAUUGUGCUUACAGUGAAGCAACACCUGGAACUUGUACCGCUGGUCUAAAACAAUGUGACAGUGGACAUUGUGUUGAAUCUGAACAAUGGUGUGACUUUAGUUAUGACUGCUGUGAUGAAUCUGAUGAAAAUUCAUUUGAUUGUGCAAGUUAUUCUAGAUGUUCAUUCGAAAGAGAUUUCUGUGAUUGGAAAAAAGAGAGACAAAAUUCAGACUGGGUUGUUGGUCGAACACCAUCUGGAGAUCCUACAGCUGAUCAUACAACACUAUCGGGUGAAGGAAGUUAUAUGUACUUAGAUUCAUCUAUUAUGGCUGGUGGAGUUGCAUCAACAUUGUUCAGUUUUGUUUUCUACUCUCCAACUCAAGAUUGCUCAAUCAGGCUAUAUGAAUACAUGACAUUACCUGGUGCUCAGCAAUUGAAAAUAUAUGUACUUACAACUGCUGGAACAUAUGAAAGAAAUUCUAUCGUUCCAUCUGGAACAACCGGACAGUGGCGACGACAUGUUGUUUCUCUCAUGCCUGUCACAGGACCUUUCCAAGUCAUUUUGGAAGGAACUUUACAAGAUGAUACUACUGGUGUUAUAGCAGUUGAUGAUGUUUCAUUCAGUGAAGGUUGCUUACGAAGUUCCUCUCCCACUCCGCUACCAUUUGAGACCACUCUUCCAACCAAACCUCCAAUAACUGGAGGCCCUGGUCAUGCAUGUGAUUCAACUUACAACUUAAACUGUGGAACAUUGAAUGUUUGCUACAGCACGGCCCAGAAAUGUGAUUUUGUGUACCAUUGCCCCAAUGGUUAUGAUGAAGAUACAUGCCCAUCAUUCUAUGAUUUUGACACUGAAGAACAACUUCAUUAUGCAUGGCAGGAAUCAGUGGGAACUGAGCUUGAUGGCUUUAAUUGGCAACGUUCUGUUGCAAAGAAUGCUUUCUCUCAAUUCGGACCAGCAUUUGAUCAUACUUUAGGUGCCGAUACUGGUGGAUAUACAUAUGUUGUUAAAAUAUCAAGCAUUGCGGAAGAUGUUGCUCAAUUAAAUGGACCCACUUACCUGAUGGCUCAUUCCAGUUGCAAGUUUGAAUUUUGGUAUUAUCAAAGUGGCGAUGAUGUGAGAGACUUGGAUGUAAUUUUAUAUACUAACUCAGAAUAUCAUCCAAUGGCUAUUGUAAAAGGUGAUCAAGGAUCUUCAUGGAAAAGCAUGAGAUUAGAUAUUGGAAAAAGAACAGACCAAUACCAGAUUAUUAUUGCAAAAGUUGAUGAUGGUCAGUAUGAUGGAAGAACUGCGAUUGAUGACAUUGCUUUGGUUGACUGUGCAAUACCAACAUACACAAGAGACUGUGAUUCUUCUGAAUUUACAUGUUCGACCACGAAAGCAUGCAUAUCAAUAGCUGACUCAAAAUGUGAUGGUGUUGAUGAUUGUGGUGACAAUUCUGAUGAACAAUCCUGUUCAACAUCAAAGACAUGUGAUCUUGAAAAUGGACUUUGCAAUUGGACACAAGAAAAUUUAUGGGACGAUUUUGAUUGGAAUCUAUCAGAACAAAAACCCACUGAUACAGCAGAUACAGGUCCAUUGAGAGAUCAUACAACUGGUUUGCAAACUGGAAUAUUUGCUUACAUUGAUGCAUCUGCUCCCCAAUCAAAUGGAAACAGAGCAUGGCUUGUCAGCCCUGUUAUAUCAUCUGUCACAAUUAGUGCUGAAUGUCAGUUGAGAUUCUGGCGUUACAUGUUUGGAGCAGAUAUAUACAGACUCAGUGUCUAUGUAAGAACAUAUUCUAACGGAGGAUACGUGCAUUUGGAAGACUUCAUUGGUGAAGAAGUGGACGAGCUGUUGUGGUAUAAGACUAUUGUUCCACUUUACAGCACAUCAAAUUUCCAGGUCAUAAUUGAAGGAGUUGUUGGUAAAAACAUCCAAGGUGAUAUUGCCAUUGAUGACAUUUCACUUUCACCUUCUUGCACUGUUUUAACAUCAGCAACAUUGCCUGCACAUCCUGGUGGACCUGAGUAUCCUCCUGAAGCAACACCAGCACCCGCUUGUGAUGAAACAUUACAUUUUACUUGUCGGUCAUCAUCUGGAUCUUAUGCUGAAAAUUGCAUCGAUCUAGAAAAAGUGUGUGAUUUCCGAACAGAUUGUGCAGAUCAAUCGGAUGAAUCGGAUUGUGUGCAAGGUACGUGCGAUUUUGAAGAUCCCAAUUUAUGCGGAUGGGAAGUUGUACCAACAAGGUUAAAGGCAGGGACAACAUUUGAAUGGCAACGUGGUAGAGGAUCUGGCAUGGAUUCAUCUGAACAAGGUGUCAGACCUAGUGCUGAUAAAACAUCCGGCACUGCAACUGCUUACUAUUUAUAUGCUGAUAGCUCUCUAGCUUCAUUUGGAGAUUCAACUCAGAUUAUAUCGGCCAAUAUAUCCCAAUCUGGACCUCAGUGUGCUCUUCGAUUUUAUUCAUGGAUGACUGAUUAUUCUAUUGGAUCAUUACACAUUUUCUCUCAUCAUAUCAAUGAUGCGGGACAAAUUGUUGAACUCUGGAGCAAGAGUGGUAAACUAGGAAAUGACUGGACAUUAUCAGAAGCAUUUAUUGGAAGCAGAACUAACUUCAGGAUUAUCAUUGAAACAAGACGUGGAAACACUGGACAAAAAGAUAUUGCUAUAGAUGAUUUCUUGUUCAAGGAUUGUGCGCCACCACCAUAUUCUGAUCAGCCUUGUGGAUCAAAUGAGUUUACCUGCGCCAACAAAGUCUGUGUAUCAACUGAUUUAACUUGUGAUUUUGCUGAUAACUGUGGUGAUGCAACUGAUGAAUUGAAUGCAUUGUGUUAUCAGAAGGCUCCACGAUGCAACUUUGAAUUUGAUUUGUGCGGUUUCAAUCGUGAAGAAGAUUCUGAUAUCCAAUGGCAACUAAUAAAAGGUGGGGCAAUGUUGGAUGGAAGUACUGGUCCAUCAUUUGACCAUACAACAAGAUCACCUCAAGGGCAAUACCUGUUUGCAGACCCUUUCACUAGUGCUCAAGCAGAUUAUAAUGGAAAAGCAAGAUUAGGAACUCCAGGUCUUUUCAAUUCGGUAAAAAAUUCUGAUGGAUGUGUCGUCCGAUUUUACUACAACUUAAUGUCAGUCGAUUCUGGUGAAUUGCGAGUAUACACAAGAACGCAAUGGGAGCAAGAUCCGGAUCAAGGAUUGACUCAAAUGUGGUCAAGCACAAAUGGAGAAAUUGGUGAUUUUUGGCAGAGGCAAGAUGUGACGUUAUACUCAUCAACAAACUUCCAAGUGAUAUUUGAAGCUAUACACACAUCUGGUGGGUAUACUCCAUCAAUUGCAAUUGAUGACAUUAGUUUCUCAGAUCAAUGUUUGUUUGAUAUAUCUGGAUCACAUGGAACAGUUCCACCACCCGUCACACAAUCUCCAAUAUGCUCUGCUGGUUUGUAUCCAUGUGACAAUGGAAAUUGUUAUUCAUCAGCCCAAAGAUGUGAUUUUACUGAUACUUGUGGCGACAACACUGAUGAAAAAUUAUGUGGCACUACAUGUGAUUUCGAUGUUGAUCAAUGUGGUUGGACAAAUUCUGAAGGUGUCAGUCAAGAUUUUGAUUGGAUAAGACAAACUGGAAGUGAUGGUACAGGGCCUGAUAAUGAUCAUACAAGUGGCAAUGGAUAUUUCAUGGUUGUACCUACCGAUGAAUAUAAAGGACGAGGAGCAAAAGCACAUUUGGUUACUAACAUAUAUCAUGAUUCCUCCUCAAUAUGUUCAAUAUCUUUCUACUAUUCAAUAAAAGCAAUUUUAACGUCAACAAAUGUAGGAACGUUGCGUGUGUUACGAAAACUUUUUACGACUGGUGCUGGCGGUGUUGAUCAACUGUUUGAAACCAGUGUUCAAGGCGAUGAUUGGAAAUCUGCAACAGUAUCAGUUGGACACAGCAGGGAUUUUCAAGUAAUAUUUGAAGUUGAGAACGCAGAAGAUAAAUAUGGAUAUGUUGCUAUUGAUGAUGUACAAUUUAACAACUGUGCACCAAGUGGAAAUUCUGUCUGUUCAGGUGAUCAAUUCUCCUGCACAGAUGGAAAAUGUCUCCUCUAUGAUGAGGUUUGUGACUACAGAAAUGACUGCGAUGAUGGAAGUGAUGAAAAAUCGUGUGUUUUGUUACCUGGUGAUUGUACUUUUGAUUCUGCAGAAGUUUGGACUGAUUUAUCAUCUGGUUCUACCUCAGGAUGUCAAUAUAUUCAAUAUGAAAACAACAAUGGAGAUUGGCAGCUUUCUACAGGACUAAUCAGUGAUCCCUCAUCUAUUACCGAUGUUGCACCCACUGAUGAUCACACUCAAUAUGGAAAUAAUGGAAGAUUUGCCUAUGUCAAUGUAAAACAAUAUUACGCUGGUGACCUUAUGAGAUUUUCAACCUCUGCAAGCUUUGCUUCCAGUAUUGGUGUAUGCAAAUUGAGAUUUUGGUAUUUCAUGUCAGGAUCAACAGUUUCAACAAUACUCAGGGUGUAUGUUGUAGAACCUUCUGGAUCAAAACACAGAGUAAGCUCUCUUAUUGGAAAUGCAAGUCCGAAUAAUGAAUGGAACUAUGCACGAGUCGACGUUGGUAGUAAUACCGAUGGCUGGCAUGUUGAAUUUGAAGCAGAAGCAGGAGAUGGUGCACACGACCUUGGUGGUUAUAUUGCCUUGGAUGAUAUUACAUUCUCAGACCAAUGCUAUGGAGAGCAUGCAGUGGCAACCUGUACACCUCAAGAAAUAUCCUGCAAAGUAGGAGGACAAGAAUCAUGUAUUACAGCUAUUUGGCGGUGUGAUGGAUGGGUGGAUUGUGACAAUGGCAUAGAUGAACGUGGUUGUCCAACAAAACCACCAAACACAGGAACAACACCUGAUCAAAAUGUCGGAAACUGUAAAGAUAAUGAAUUUCGUUGUUCGGAUGACAGCUGUAUACCAAGUAUAUACAGAUGUGAUGGAGUUCGUGACUGCCCUAGGAAUGGUGAAGAUGAAAAUGGAUGUGAUUCCUCAUCAAACUGCCCUAGCGGGAAGUUCUAUUGUACGUCGACAUCAACUUGCCUGAGCUCUGAAAAACAAUGUGAUGGUGUAUUUGAUUGUGAAUCUCAGGCUGAUGAAAGUUUAUGCAAUGUCUGUCCUAAUAAUUACUGUGGUGAGGGAGGAACUUGUGGAUUAACAUCAAAUAAAGCUCCAAUAUGUACUUGCAAAAGUGGAUAUGUGGGAACCAGAUGCCAAACUAAUAGAGAACCCCCUGAAGGAACUGGUGGCUUAAGUGGAGGUGCAGUUGCUGGAAUAGUUCUUGGAUGUAUUGGUGGUAUUGCAGCUAUUGGCCUAAUUAUUAUAUUUGUUAUGAGAAGAGAUGGCAAUAUCAGGCGACAAGCUUUACUGGAUGAACAAAGUGGACAACGAACAUAUGACAACCCAUUGUUUUCUUCAAGUUCAUCUCCUUCAUCUGGUGGUGGCGGAGACUACAACUUACAAACUUUUGGUACUCCUACUACCCCUGGAGUAAUAGAAACGAGCAAAGGCUUUGAAAAUCCAUUAUUUGGAGAUGGCAGUGGUGACGCCACAGUUUAUGCUACUUUUGGUAGUUCAUCUGAAUCUAAAGCUUGAUUUUAAUUUCUGAUCUUUUGUAUAUAAAUUAUUGAAUUCCUAUUUUUGUUCCAGAAGUCAACUAAUUUUAGAAAUCUUAAUGCAUUUUUAAUUUUGUUAUUAGUUUCAAAAAAAUAUGUUCCAUUUUUCUGUUUUAUGUUACAUUUAAAAUUUAACCUGCUCACUCAUUUUAUUUGUGGAUCUUAUUCCGUCGUCCAUUAAUUUUCAGCCAUCAAAAUGUGCAAUUUUAUUGAAUUUCAGUUCAUCAGUGUUCUUUUAAAUUUUCUUUUUCUUUGAAAUGCCAACUAAUUUUAUGUUCUUCAAAAUCUGUGCAAUUUAAUGAAUAUUUUGUUGACUUUUUUGAUUUAUCAUUAACUGAAAUAAAAUACUGUGA